ACCACAAGCCAUUCGCGCCGGUGGUGAGAGUGUAAGUGAAGAAAGAGCAGCAGGCUCAUUGCACACCGACCGUACCAAGUACAGAAACCCAGCUUCUCCAUUUUCGCAUCUUGAUUGAACUUUUUCGCGCUUUCUUUCAUUUGAACGACACAACAAUACGAUGGGCGCACCAACUACGUCGCGAACUCCCCUCCCACCGCCCUCGGCUCUCCAGACCUUGCUGGCCAGAUAUCCUCCGCCAUCGGGCUCUUCCUCCGACCACCAUUUCCUAGCGAUCCAGAUUGCUCACAAUUUGCAUUACCAACACCUCUGGACACAAAUUCAGCUCCACACGCACUCGCCCACGACCGGGGCCGCACUGCCUCGGCCUAUCCUCUCUGGUCUCCCGCCUCAAAGACUCUACGUUCACCCCGACGAACAAAUCGAACUUCUGCAGAAACAAAAAGAUGAAGGAAAGAGCGGAAUGCCAAAGUUAUCGCGAGAAAGAGAGUGGGUGCUGCCAAGCCAUUUGAGAGAGCAGUGGAGUUUAAGGAGGUUCGGCGAGAUCUUUGACCACAUUGAGGCUGUACCGAGCACGAGAACAGGUGCUGGAGGCAAGUCACAGUCACUGUUUGGAGAGUUAAACGGAGACGAGACGGAACUGGUGGAUGAGCUUGACGGAGUGGACGAUGCAGCAGGAGAGGGAGAGAAUGUGAACAAAUGGAGGGUCAACAUGCCCAAGAGGCUGCUGCUAUCGACUGUAGAUGAUGACAGUACUGUGGUGUACUACAUCGUGCACGACGGCAUCGUAAAACCGAGGCAGAACUGAGCAGACCAUGGCCCUGGACGAUGCAUAUGCAACGCGGGAAAUUGAGAAAGGUCACGACUUGUGAUGACAAGGCGGUAUAACAGCCGCGCCCAGUGCCGUUGCAAAGAUGAAACACGCUCAUUCCGGCUCUUUGCGGACAAUGGGCAAGAUGGAUACGACGAAUACGACGAAUACGAAGCGUGCACAACCUCGAAAUCGGGCACGAAAGACGUGCAAGCAGAACGUUGCGAGAUCAGCAAUGGCGAACAAGCUUAUGCAUC